AUGUCUGCUAUCGCUACUAAUGGUAAAGUGCCCGCUGGGGGUUCGUACUUUAUGAUCUCUCGAUCUAUUGGUCCCGAGUUCGGUGGUGCCGUAGGCAUUCUAUUCUACUUAGGGACGACUAUUGCUGCAGCAAUGUACUUAAUCGGCGGUGUCGAAGUUUUCUUAGUGAGUAUAUAUCCUAAUUCAUUCAUCUUUCCCCACUUUUCUCCAAUUUUUUAUUUGCGUUACCACAAAAACUCUAUGUUUAUCCUUUUUAAUUUUGCUUUUAUGCGUUUAUUUGUAUUAUUUAUCAACUAUUAA